CACAACUAAUAAACACGAUCAUAUCCUCUCACGUCGACUCGCAUCAUAUCAUAUAUUGUUAUACGAAAAAGAAUCAUGCCUCUGGGAGUUUGACAAGAGCAGCAGGGAGCCAACGGAGCGGUAGUUCUCAGCCGAGUAAAACUUUAAGAAGAUCCUCUCAUAUUUUCCAGCACCGGAUCUCGUUAUGCCAAACUACUAUUACAAGGGCCAGUUCUGGCCACCAGAUGACAAGUAUCAUCGCCAGGGCGUUGUCCAGACCAUCAAGCGAAUAAUGCUGUCACGGAGAGGUAUGAUAUACAUCAUCGGUGGAGUCUUAUUCGCAUGGUUCUAUACCCUGAUCCGCCUCACGUUUUUCAAUCCUUCGCCCUAUGAUCUGGAGUCAGACCUGGAGAGGAGACUAGCGGGCGCAAGGACUCACAAAUCCUCUUUACACGCAGGGAUAAACAAAAACCCAACUCGCUAUACCCCCAUCCUCGCCAGCCCGGUCGCGCCUCUCGAAUCCCAGCUCUCCUGGCCGCCCAGCAUCGACAAGAUGCUGUGUCGCCCAAAGAUCUAUGUCUACCCAGAUCCACCCGCAAUUCAGGAGGUCUACGCCAAAGUACCGCCCGUCCAUACCCCCUAUAUCUCUGAACGCAUUCUGUUGGAACAACUCCGGGACCCGGAAUCAAGUGUAUACAAGAACUAUGUGACGACGGAUCCAGAAGAAGCUGAUUUUUUUUACAUCCCAUUCCUGGGAGCCCGGUACCUGAAUCACUGCUGGUUUAUUCUGGGCCAGAAGGGCAGCGAUUGCGACGUCGAUGAGAAGUAUGUGCUACCGAUGAUGCGGCAUGUGCAGCAGGAACUGCCGUAUUGGAACCGGACCUGGGGACAGGACCAUCUGAUGGCGCAUCCGAUGGAUCGGUCGUCACAAUACUAUCAGCAAAGGGAUAUCUUCGAGAACGCGACCUACUUGACGACGAUCGGAGAUCUGCGUCCGAUCGGGGCUUCGGCCGUGGGCUACAGGCGGUAUAAGAAUAUCGUGAUUCCCUCAGCAACGACACUUCUGGACCUGGUCAGAGUCGAUCCGAUGCAGUACCUCACCAGCGCUGGACAUCCACGUAACAAACAUCGGGACGUCUUUCUGUUGUUCGGCGGACGCUACAGUGAUGUCCAACCGGAUGAUGUCUAUUCUGCAGGGGUCCGGUCUUUGCUUCUGAACGGGUUUGAUCGGCAGCCGGAUUACGUGAUCGGGCCCGGAUGGGAGACCGAAAAGUAUAUGAAGCUGCUUUCGAGAGCUCGCUUUGGACUCGCCCCUAUGGGUCAUACGCUCGACACGACAAGAAUCUGGGAGUAUUUGGCAUUCGGAGUAGUACCUGUGAUCAUCGCGGACGGAAUCGUCGAGCCUUAUGAGGACGAUGUGGACUGGAGCAGUUUCAGUAUCCGUAUCCGGCGCAAUGAUGCUCACCGGAUGGACGCGAUUCUGAGAGCGAUUCCUGAGAGGGAGUAUCAGCAGAAGCGAGAGAGGGUCUGGAAUUAUGGACGGAGGGUCCUGUUGACGAGAGAUUCUUGGCACCUGAUCGUGAGAGACCUUUGCAGAAGAGGCGCUCUGGAGGGCAAGAGGACCAUCAGCAGGAACAACCAUGUUGAGCUGACACCAUCUUACAUGUCCAUCCUGCCAUAAGCGUCCUCACCUUCCUUCUCUCUAUACUUACCAUGCGUCC